ACGACUUUGAUUCUUGAGGUGUGCCAACCCAAUGUAAAACACUUUAGGGGUACUGCACCCAUUCUGACAGAUUCCAACAAAACAUGCCAUUGGGGUUUGAUGGGUUGAGUUCUGUUAGGAUUAAGAUUUCUAGCAGAAUUAUGAGGGGUACAAAUGGUACCACUAGGGGUACAGAUGGCAAAACAAGGAGUACAGAUGGCACCCGAGGGGUACAGGUGGCACCACUAGGGGUACAGAUGGCAUCCCUAGGGCACAGACCCCAUCACUAGGGGUAUAGACGGCAUCAUUAAGGGUACAGAUGUCACAACAUACAAUUGUUUUGUUCCAGCAUGAUAUUCCAACAAACUUCUUAGGAUACAGUCACUGCAGGACUACGGGUUUCCAACUCGGGCCAUACUACAUGUGUCCACUUGGUAUAAUUGCAAACACUUCUAGUGUGACCAAGGAGACCAAGGAUAUUUACAAUUAGAGUAAUUAUGGGGAAUUACAUCCACUUAAAUAAGUGUGUGCAAUUUGGUGAAUAUUCACUAAAAUACCUUGUCAUUACAAAUAGUUGUAAGCAAGGUGUAUUGACCACUAUUACUCGCAUGUCUACAUGUGCAUUCAUCAGAGACAAGAAAAAGAAAUGGGUUUCAUAUCAUUUGCUUGAUGUAAAGAAGAUGUCGUACAAAAGUGAUCAAAUUAAGUCACUGUGUCACAUUCCUGAGUCUCGAAAGAAAGAGAGCAGCAACAUAAAUGAACAUAUUAGGAGUGGUUUGGACUCCAAAAGGAAAACCUGUAGUAAUGAAAGACUUGAUGAGAGCAGAACACUUGAAACAGCUGAACAUGUGAGUGAUGACAAUGACUUUGGCUGUAGUGGUGAUUUGCUGCAGAGCUCGGAUAUUAGCCCUGUGGUUGGAAAUGGAAACAGAGUGACGAAGCAUGCAGGAAAAAGGAAUCAAUCAAGGAGAUUUGAGGACAUUGUGCCACCUCCUGGGACAGAUAUGUUAUAUGGCAUAUCACCUUGUUUGUUGGCCCUUGAAGUCAAUAGAAGGCAAGUGAACAACGUGUACGUUACCUCUAGCUUUAAGAAGUCUGCUAGACCUGCAGUUCAGAAGAUCAUGCAGAGAGUUCAGGACAAACACCUAGGAAACUUUAUUCAUGAAGUUCAUAGAAAGGAUCUUGAUAAACUGAGCAAAGGACGACCUCAUCAGGGUAUUUGUUUGGAAACAAGUCGGAUUCAUUUCAAGCCACUCCCAGAAGACGCAACUGUCGAUGAGCAGGAGCUGCAAGAGCCACUGGUAUACCUAGCUAUGGAUCAAAUACUGGAUCCUAUGAAUAUGGGAGCAAUAAUAAGGUCAGCUUACUAUCUGGGUGUGGAUAGAAUCAUAGCAAGCAAGCACAGUUGUUGUUCAUUGACUCCUGUUGUGAGUAAGGCUAGUAGUGGAGCCAUGGAAAUCAUGCCAGUCUACUCAACAAGCAGUUUACUGACAUUUAUCAUGAAACAGAGAGACAUUGGAUGGGAGAUUGUUGGUUCUACUUGUGCCUUCAAUAAUUGGACACAUACCUUGAAUGUGUCUUCUGCUGCAAGCUUCAAACUCAGUAAACCUACUGUUGUAGUUAUUGGAGGAGAGGGCAGUGGUUUACCAGACAGUAUUCAGAAUGCAUGCUGUCAGCUAUUGACCAUACCAGCUGGAAGGGAGCUACAUACAAGCAUUGAUUCACUCAAUGUCUCCGUUGCAACAGGCAUUCUUCUUCAGUCAAUUCUUCAGCAAAAACAGUUACCACAUAGGCAUUUAUGACCUAUCAUGUAGCCGUGCAGAUUGCAUUUGGACGUUUCAUAAGUUUAAUUUGUGAUGUGGCCAAGUUUAUUUUUAAAAAAAUCUCUUAUUGAUUAUACCAUGGUCACUUUGACUUGAUUUUUUAUUGUACUAGCUCUGUCAUAAAGGUGCUGUUAGUCAACCUGUUAUUCAACCCUUACCCUACUGUGACUGGCUUAUAAAGAGUUCUACAGAACCUAACAGGAUCCAACAGCUGGAGAAAAAGAUCUGUUAUUCACUUCUCAGGUUAACAAAAUCUAGCGGAAAACUUUUACUGUUCUUGUUGGAUUCAGUAGGGUUGCUUUGGUGGGUCUUCAUAUGAGGAUAAAGUCCAGUGCGAGAAGCAUACACUCGUCCACAGAUGCUGCAUGGAAAUGAGGCUAGCGGUGUUGGCCCUUGCUUGCUUCUCUCAAAAUCCCACCAAAAUGUCUUCAACACCUGUUCCUUGUCAUGGCAAAAAAAUCUCAAGUGCUCACACUGCAUAUCAGUAUUUAUGUGAAAUACCUGGCAUAACUGUAGUCUAAAAGCAACAUAAAAUCCCAGUGUUCCCAGCUUUUAAAGUAACUUAUGACUUAGGUCUAUAAAAUGUAUUUUUGAUGGUCCUUUGAAAUUGAAAGAAAAAGAGAAAGAACCAAAAGAAAAACCUGUGUUAACCUUGGAUAUAAUUUGUUUUUCCCAUUGCGACAAUGUUUCAGAAUUUGGAGGGUCAGAGUACAUAUAUAUCUCUUUACCCAGGCAUUACAAAAGAGGGAGGGAAAAUAAAACUAUUUCCAAAUGUCAGGUGGAGCUGGGUUAAUGCCCCCAUUCCUCCUGCCCCUUGUCACCUGUGGUGUUUUUGUUAGGAUUCACAGAGACAUUUUAAAAGAUGUGUUCAAACAAACUUUAGAGAAUAACCCGACAGCCUCCCUCUGGAUAAUUCGGAUCAUAAUGGCCUCUACACCUGAAUUUUUUGUUUUAAGCAUUGUGUAAUCUACUUGAUGUUUGAUGUACAUCAUGUAUAUAGAGAUGUGAAAUAAAGUAUGCUAAAAUAUAAACCAAAGUAGUCAUGUACAUUUAAAUGUCGUAACACAUAAUGAUAGCAGUCAAUGCAAAUG